GACGAGUGACCACAGAGGAGGGGAAGUCCCAACCCAACAAAGCGCCCUCGCCCGACGAGGGGGAAGAGAUCUGCGCCAGCCCGGCGAGAAGAGCAACAAGCCGCAAACGGCCCGCGCGGCAAGGCGGGAGGCAGCAGGGCAGACCCAGGAGCAGCAGGGAGGAAGCGGGGCAAGGGCAAGCAGCGGCACGCGAAGAGAGCGCGAAGCCAAGGAGAGCGCGGGGCAAGAGGGGGGACCGGGAAGGGAACGGGGAGGGCGGGGCAAGAGGAACGGCACGCGGACGAGCACAAGAGAGCACAGACCGGGCGGGAACAAACCCGAGCGCCGGAACAAACGGCGGCAGCCAGAGCAGGGCGGGACGGGCCGCAACAGAGGCGAGGAACGCAGCGGCAGGGGGAGACAAAGCAAGACACGGGGGCAAGCGGAGGGCCAGGAAACGGCGCCCCCGGCAGAGGGAAGGAGAGAAGCCGGAAGGAGAGGCCGGGAGCAAGGGCGCCGGCCAGAGCGGAAGCAGGGGAGCCGGCAAGAAGAGGGGCCGGGACCAAAACACAAACGCAGACGGGAAGGACCCCGAAGAGAGCGCAGAACCCACGGCACAGCAGCCCAAGGGGCGGCCCGGGAGGGAGAGAAAGCGGCGAACAACACCCACGGCAGGAGCAAGAGCGGGGCGCGGACAGACCAGCGCAGACAGCAAACGACCAACAGCGGAAGAAGAAGGAACGCGGGGCAGGCGGCAGGCGCGGGCGCACGAGAAGGCACAGGGCGGCGGCGCAACGGGAAAGGCAGACCAAGAGGGGGAGGCACGGGCGGAGCGGAGCCAGACGAAAGCGCGCAAGGACGGGCGCGAGAGACGGCGCGGGAGAGAACCACAACGGCGGGGCGGCCGGGCACGAAGGAGCGGCAGCCCAAGAAGGGGCGGGGCGGGGCCCAGGGCCGGCAGAGAAAAGGACGGACGCAACGCGGGGGGCAACGGGGGAAGGCGGGAAACAGGGCGACCAACAAGCAACAGAGCAGCAACAGAAAGCAACAAGAGAACAAAGGCAGCAGCAGAGAAGCGGGGACAAAAACACAGGGGGCGGAAGAAGGCGGCGGGGACCCAGGCGGACGCAGAACGAGAAGGAAACGGGGAGACCACGGCCGCGGAGCGGGCGGCAAGCCAGACAAACGCGGCGGGAACCGGCAAACAGAAGCCGCGGCCCGGGGACGGGGAAGCCCGCAGGGGCGCCAGAGAGAGCGCCGCAGCGAAAGCACCAGGGAGAAAAGCGGGCGGACAGCCAGCGGCGCAAGGGCGAAAGCCAAACGAGCGGCGAGACCCAACACAACGCGAAGGGAGGAAAAGGGCACAACAGGAGAGAAAAGGGCAGCAAAAGCAAGACCGGGCGGCGGGCGAAAACCGGCACCACCAGGCGAGCGGGGAAGCGGGGAACGGAAGGGCCCGCGGCAGGGGCAAGCGGGAGACCCACCGGGGCGGCAAAGCGGGCCGGGGCGGGGGGGCCCGGACCAACGCAAAGGGAGCAGGGGCAGAGAGGGAAGGCAGCGCAGCCGGCAGAGCCGCAAGCCAGGGGCGCGGGGGCGCACGCGCCAGAGCGGCGGCAGAGAACGCAGGGGCGCCCCCAGCAGGGAAGAGCACAGACGGACGGGAAGAGGAACGAGGAGAGGGGCGCCGGGCCCGGGAGACCGGCGAGGAGGAGCAACGGGAACCGGCGAAGGAACGGCGGGGGCCGGGGGCACAACAGCAGCAACAGGACCAGCCACAGCAGCGGGAGCAGCCGGAGGGGCGGGGACAAGAGCACCGGCGGGCCAGGCGCGGGAACCGCAGCAACAGCAGGGGAGCGGCGCGGGAAACGGGCGCACAGGCAACCAAACGGCCGCGGGCGGGAGAGGCGGGCGGGCGCACGGGGGCAACAGCGGCAAGGGGGGAGCGGCAAAGAACACGACAGCACGGCGGCGCACAAGCGGCGGCGCAACGGGAGCAGACAGCGGGAGCCAAAGGCAGCAAGACCAGAACCAAGGAAAAGGCACGGGCGAGGCGGCGAGGCCAACGGAGAGCGGGCAGCGCGGGGGACAGGCACAAAGGCCGGACAACCGAAGACGCGGAGGGGAGCAGAAGAAACGGCCGGGCCACACCAAACCGGAGCAGGAACGGCAGGAGGCAAAGCAAGAACGGGAGAGAAGGGAGAACAGGAACAGCGGGGGAAACGGCCGCGGCCCAAAAAGAACGAGGCAACGGGGCGGCAGCAAGCAGACAGCGGACGCGCGCCAGAAGGGGCCGAGGCAGCCGCGCGGCGAAGCCAGGGAAGGAGGAGGGGAGGAGGAGGGGCGGAGGGCGAAGACCGGGCAGGCGGCAAGACGCAGCAAAGGGGCCACGGACGCACCGCCAGGGCAGGACGGAGGCACGGCAAGGGCGGCCCGGGCGGGCGCGCAACAAGGGCAGGAAACGCGGGAAACACACCAAACACAGCACGGGGGGCGGCAAAGGGGAAACCCAGAGGGGCCGAGAAGAAGCAGCAAGGAAGGGCACAAAGGAAGAGGCACCGCCAAGGGAGCGAACCGGCAGGGGGCCACACACAGCAGAAGGGAGCAACGCAAGGGGCAAGGGGCGCGGCGGCGGCGAAGGAGAAGGGCGCAGAAAAGAAACGCGGGGCGGGGGCCGGCCAGGCAAGGAACACAGCGGGCCAAGCGAGCGGCCGGGACGCCGGAAAGCGGCGGCGGGGGCAAGGGAAGCAAGCCCGGCACACGCAGGGGGGCCAAGGCGGGGAGGCCACAAGGCGAGGCACAGGCGGGGGCGGCCACAGGCACGGAAGCACCAGAAAGAGAGCGGGGGAAAGAGGACAAGGGAGAAGACGGGGACCGCGGGCAAGAACCAGCGAGCCGGGAGGGAGGGGCCAAGGGCCAGCACCAAGAAACAACAGAAACCAGCAGCAGCGUAG